UAAUCAUAAUGGGUUGUUUCAAUCAUCACCAUAAACGCGUCUUCAACCUUCCACAAAUUUCAUCUCUUUCUCAACUCAAACAGAAAUUUCUGAAACCGUAAACAAAUUAAGGGAAGAAAAGGUUGGAAAAGAGUAGCCAUAAUCAAAUCACUGCCCACCUUGGAUCUUUCAAACCGUACACGUGCCCUAACAAACCCCUAUUUUCCUCUGCCCCUUCAAAACCGACUCCCUCCAUUCUUGUUGAUCUUCACACACCCGUUUCCAUCGCCCCCUUUUCACCUUUUUUCUCGUGUUUCUCCCCGCCAUUGUUGAUGGGUCGCUCUUGUUUUGCUUCUUCCUGAAUACCCACUUCCUGUUUUUUGCAAACUUUUCCAGUUCUAACUCGUUUUUGUGUUUGCAGCCUUGCAUGGAGCUUGCGUUUUCCAUGAGAGUCUGAGAAAUUCGCUGAGAGUUUAGGUUGUGUAGAAAUGUCGAUUUCUUCGUCGAAUCCGACCCGGAAUGGGAGUGUUAAAAACAACGAUAUGUUACACAAUGUUAAUGAGAUUGAAGAAAAGAGUUUAGGUUGUCUAGAAAUGUCGAUUUCUUCGUCGAAUCCGACCCAGAAUGGGAGUGUUAAAAACAACGAUACGUUACACAAUAAUAGUCAGAUUGAAGAAAGUGAGUUUUCCAAGCUAUUGGAUAGGCCAAGGCCAUUGAACAUGGAGAGACAGAGAUCAUUUGAUGAAAGAUCGCUUGCGGACUUGGCGAUUGGUUUCUCCCCACGCUUAUCUUCGAGAGUUUCUUCGGAGAACUUUACUCGAUUGAUAGACAAUUAUGAUCAAACUCCAUCUCCUGGUAGAAGAUCGGAUUUCAAUACUCCAAGAUCCCAGAUUGGAUUCGAGCAGCAUCCUAUGGUGGCCGAAGCUUGGGAUGCUUUGAGGCGUUCGUUGGUCCAUUUUCGUGGCCAACCAGUUGGUACUAUUGCUGCUUUGGACAGUACUGAAGAAAAUCUUAAUUAUGAUCAAGUGUUCGUGAGAGACUUUGUCCCAAGCGCAUUUGCUUUUCUAAUGAAUGGGGAGCCUGAGAUUGUAAAAAACUUCAUUUUAAAGACGCUACGGCUUCAGUCGUGGGAGAAAAAGAUCGACAGGUUCCAGCUUGGAGAAGGGGUGAUGCCUGCUAGUUUCAAAGUACUUCAUGAUCCAGUGAGGAAUUCUGAAACUUUAAUUGCAGAUUUUGGAGAGAGUGCAAUAGGAAGAGUUGCUCCAGUUGACUCCGGAUUCUGGUGGAUUAUAUUGCUACGAGCAUACACAAAGUCCACUGGUGACUCUUCCUUGGCUGAACUACCAGAAUGUCAAAAGGGAAUGCGCCUUAUUUUGAGUCUCUGUCUUUCCGAAGGGUUCGACACGUUCCCUACUCUUCUCUGUGCCGAUGGAUGCUGCAUGAUUGAUAGACGAAUGGGUGUAUAUGGCUACCCAAUUGAAAUUCAAGCUCUUUUCUUUAUGGCUUUAAGGUGUGCUUUGCUUUUGCUAAAGCACGACCACGAGGGGAAGGACUUUAUCGAAAGAAUAACAAAACGACUUCUUGCUUUGAGCUAUCACAUGAGAACUUACUUUUGGCUAGACCUAAAGCAACUAAACGAUAUAUAUCGAUAUAAAACUGAAGAAUACUCUCACACUGCUUUGAACAAGUUCAACGUAAUACCCGAUUCUCUUCCCGAAUGGAUUUUCGACUUCAUGCCAAUUCAUGGCGGUUACUUUAUUGGAAAUGUCAGCCCUGCAAGAAUGGACUUCCGCUGGUUUUGCUUGGGCAACUGCAUUGCAAUUCUUUCUGCCUUGGCAACUCCAGAACAGUCCACUGCUAUUAUGGACCUUAUUGAAUCACGGUGGGAAGAACUGGUCGGAGAAAUGCCGCUAAAGGUUUGUUACCCUGCCAUUGAAAGCCAUGAGUGGCGGAUUAUAACCGGGUGUGAUCCAAAAAAUACGAGAUGGAGUUACCACAAUGGUGGUUCUUGGCCAGUUCUCCUAUGGCUUCUAACAGCUGCAUGUAUCAAAACCGGGCGACCCCAGAUUGCAAGACGUGCAAUCGAACUAGCUGAAACCAGGCUACUGAAGGACAGCUGGCCUGAAUAUUACGACGGGAAACUCGGCCGAUACAUCGGGAAACAGGCAAGGAAGUUUCAGACGUGGUCGAUUGCAGGUUAUUUAGUAGCGAAGAUGAUGCUGGAAGACCCGUCGCAUGCAGGCAUGGUGUCUCUGGAGGAAGACAGGCAGAUGAAGCCAUUAAUGAAAAGGUCACAUUCAUGGACUUGUUAGCG